GUCCGCUGUAACAUGGACUCACAUGUCGGUCCGCUGUAACAUGGACUCACAUGUCGGUCCGCUGUAACAUGGACUCACAUGUGAGCAGACAUGUCUCUCCUCACAUGUCAGUCCACUGUAACGUGGACUCACAUGUGAGCAGACAUGUCUCUCCUCACAUGUCAGUCCACUGUAACAUGGACUCACAUGUGAGCAGACAUGUCUCUCCUCACAUGUCAGUCCACUGUAACGUGGACUCACAUGUGAGCAGACAUGUCUCUCCUCACAUGUCAGUCUGCUGUAACGUGGACUCACAUGUGAGCAGACAUGUCUCUCCUCACAUGUCAGUCUGCUGUAACGUGGACUCACAUGUGAGCAGACAUGUCUCUCCUCACAUGACGGUCCGCUGUAACGUGGACUCACAUGUGAGCAGACAUGUCUCUCCUCACAUGUCAGUCUGCUGUAACGUGGACUCACAUGUGAGCAGACAUGUCUCUCCUCACAUGUCAGUCUGCUGUAACGUGGACUCACAUGUGAGCAGACAUGUCUCUCCUCACAUGUCAGUCUGCUGUAACGUGGACUCACAUGUGAGCAGACAUGUCUCUCCUCACAUGUCAGUCCACUGUAACGUGGACUCACAUGUGAGCAGACAUGUCUCUCCUCACAUGUCAGUCUGCUGUAACGUGGACUCACAUGUGAGCAGACAUGUCUCUCCUCACAUGUCAGUCUGCUGUAACGUGGACUCACAUGUGAGCAGACAUGUCUCUCCUCACAUGACGGUCCGCUGUAACGUGGACUCACAUGUGAGCAGACAUGUCUCUCCUCACAUGACGGUCCACUGUAACGUGGACUCACAUGUGAGCAGACAUGUCUCUCCUCACAUGUCAGUCCACUGUAACGUGGACUCACAUGUGAGCAGAUAUGUCUCUCCUCACAUGUCAGUCUGCUGUAACGUGGACUCACAUGUGAGCAGAUAUGUCUCUCCUCACAUGUCAGUCUGCUGUAACGUGGACUCACAUGUGAGCAGAUAUGUCUCUCCUCACAUGUCAGUCUGCUGUAACGUGGACUCACAUGCGAGCAGACAUGUCUCUCCUCACAUGUGAGCAGAUAUGUCUCUCCUCACA